CUUGGGCGAGCGCCAGUGAAGCGUCGUCUCGCCCUCGCCGGCCGGGCAGCGCCUCCCUGCCCGCUCCGGGCGCUCCCUGCCGGCCUCGCUCCCGGGUUUCCGGCGUCCCUCCCGAAGCGGCCGCGCCGCGGGCGAGCGGCGCGUCCAUGCGGGGCCGAUGGCCGGGGCUCAGCCUGGGGUGCACGCCCUGCAGCUCAAACCCGUCUGCGUCUCCGACACCCUCAAGAAAGGCGUCAAAUUCGUCAAAUGGGACGAUGACUCCACUGUUGUGACUCCAAUUAUUCUCAGAACAGACCCACAAGGAUUUUUCUUUUACUGGACAGAUCAAAAUAAGGAGACCGAGCUGCUGGAUAUCAGCCUCGUCAAAGAUGCCAGAUGUGGAAAACAUGCCAGAGCUCCCAAGGAUCCAAAGCUGCGCGAGCUGCUGGACGCUGGGAACGCGGGAGGCCGGCUGGAAAAUCGGAUGAUCACUGUGGUCUAUGGGCCAGACCUGGUCAAUAUAUCCUACUUGAACCUGGUGGCAUUCCAGGAGGAUAUAGCAAAGGAAUGGUCAGAUGAAGUGUUCAGUUUGGCAACAAAUCUGCUGGCACAGAACAUGUCAAGGGACGCGUUUCUGGAAAAAGCUUACACCAAACUGAAGCUGCAGGUGACUCCAGAGGGGCGCAUUCCUCUGAAGAACAUAUACCGCUUGUUCUCCUCUGACAGAAAACGGGUGGAGACGGCGUUAGAAGCCUGUAAUCUCCCAUCUUCCAGGAAUGAUUCAAUCCCUCAAGACGACUUCACGCCAGAAGUGUACAGAGUGUUCUUAAACAACCUCUGCCCUCGGCCUGAGAUCGACCACAUCUUCUCAGAGUUCGGUGCCAAGAGCAAACCAUACCUUACUGUUGAUCAGAUGAUGGAGUUUAUAAAUUUGAAGCAGCGUGACCCACGAUUAAACGAGAUCCUUUAUCCACCCCUGAAACAAGAACAAGUUCAGGUGCUGAUUGAGAAGUAUGAACCCAACAGCAACCUAGCAAAGAAAGGACAGAUAUCAGUGGAUGGAUUCAUGCGAUACCUGAGUGGAGAAGAAAACGGCGUCGUUCCACCUGAGAAACUGGAUUUAAAUGAAGAUAUGUCUCAACCACUGUCACACUAUUUCAUCAAUUCCUCACACAACACCUACCUCACAGCUGGACAGCUGGCUGGCAACUCCUCGGUGGAGAUGUAUCGGCAAGUGCUGCUGUCGGGCUGCCGCUGUGUGGAGCUGGACUGCUGGAAGGGGAGGACGGCGGAGGAGGAGCCUGUCAUCACCCACGGGUUCACUAUGACAACUGAAAUAUCCUUCAAGGAAGUGAUAGAAGCUAUUGCUGAAUGUGCAUUUAAGACGUCGCCCUUCCCAAUCCUCCUUUCCUUUGAAAAUCAUGUGGAUUCCCCUAAACAGCAGGCAAAAAUGGCAGAGUACUGCAGAUUAAUAUUUGGAGACGCACUGCUUAUGGAUCCACUGGAAAAAUACCCGCUUGAAGCUGGGGUUCCCCUUCCAAGCCCCAUGGACUUAAUGUACAAAAUUCUGGUGAAGAAUAAAAAGAAAUCGCAUAAGUCAGCAGAUGGAAGUGCAAAAAAGAAGCUGUCAGAGCAGGCUUCCAACACAUGCAGUGAUACAUCCAGUAUGUUUGAACCUUCCUCCCCCGGAGCAGGAGAAGCAGACAUGGAGAGCGACGAUGAUGAUGACUAUGAUGAUGACUGUAAGAAGUCGUCGAUGGAUGAAGGUACUGCUGGGAGCGAGGCCAUGGCCACGGAGGAGAUGUCUAACCUGGUGAACUACAUUCAACCUGUGAAGUUUGAAUCGUUUGAGGUAUCAAAAAAGCGCAACAAAAGUUUUGAAAUGUCUUCCUUUGUGGAAACCAAAGGGCUGGAGCAGCUGACCAAGUCUCCUGUGGAAUUCGUGGAAUACAACAAAAUGCAGCUGAGCCGAAUUUACCCCAAGGGAACACGUGUGGAUUCUUCCAACUACAUGCCACAGGUCUUUUGGAAUGCUGGCUGCCAAAUGGUUGCUCUCAACUUCCAAACUGUAGAUUUGUCUAUGCAAAUAAACAUGGGAAUGUAUGAGUACAAUGGCAAAAGUGGGUACAGGUUAAAGCCAGAGUUCAUGAGAAGACCAGACAAACACUUUGAUCCAUUUACUGAAGGUAUAGUGGAUGGAAUAGUAGCCAACACCUUGUCUGUCAAGAUAAUUUCAGGCCAGUUUCUUUCUGACAAAAAAGUCGGUACCUACGUAGAAGUGGACAUGUUUGGCCUGCCUGUGGACACCAGAAGAAAAGCUUUGAAGACCAAGACCUCUCAAGGCAAUGCAGUUAAUCCCGUCUGGGAGGAGGAAGCCAUAGUGUUUAAGAAGGUGGUUUUACCUUCCCUGGCGUGUUUGAGGCUGGCAGUGUACGAAGAAGGAGGGAAGUUUAUUGGUCAUCGGAUAUUACCGGUCUCAGCAAUUCGACCAGGCUAUCACUACAUCUGUUUGAGGAAUGAGAGGAACCAGCCUUUGACACUGCCAGCCCUCUUUGUGUACAUAGAGGUCAAAGACUAUGUACCUGAUACUUAUGCAGAUGUGAUUGAGGCCUUAUCCAAUCCAAUCAGAUACGUAAACUUGAUGGAGCAGAGAGCCAAGCAACUGGCUGCACUGACUCUGGAAGAUGAGGAGGAGGUAAAGAAAGAGAUUGACCAUGGAGAUGCACCAUCUGAAGCUAACAGUGAACCAAGGCCAACACCAGCAGAGAAUGGAGUAAAUUACACAGCCUCUCUUACACCGAAACCAGCAACUCAGGUUGUCCACAGCCAACCAGCACCAGGUUCGGUGAAAGCGCCUGCCAAGACAGAAGAUCUUAUUCAGAGUGUCCUCACAGAAGUGGAAGCACAGACUAUUGAGGAGCUGAAACAACAGAAAGCUUUUGUUAAGCUUCAGAAGAAGCACUACAAGGAAAUGAAGGACCUUGUGAAGAGGCACCACAAGAAAACCACCGACCUCAUCAAAGAGCACACUGCGAAGUAUAAUGAAAUCCAAAAUGACUACCUGAGGAGAAGAGCAGUUUUAGAAAAAACAGCAAAAAGAGACAGCAAGAAAAGGUCUGAGACGGGCAGCCCAGACCACAGUUCAACUAUUGAGCAGGAACUGGCUGCACUGGACUCUGAAAUGACCCAGAAGCUGGUGGAGCUGAAGGAGAAGCAACAGCAGCAGCUGCUGAACCUCCGGCAGGAGCAGUAUUACAGUGAGAAGUACCAGAAACGAGAGCACAUCAAACUGCUUAUUCAGAAGCUGACAGAUGUAGCAGAGGAGUGUCAGAACAGUCAACUAAAGAAACUAAAAGAAACAUGUGAAAAAGAAAAGAAAGAAUUGAAGAAAAAAAUGGACAAGAAGAGGCAGGAGAAGAUCACAGAAGCAAAGUCCAAGGAUAAAAAUCAAAUGGAAGAAGAGAAGACGGAAAUGAUCCGAUCCUACAUCCAGGAGGUGGUGCAGUACAUAAAGAGGCUAGAAGAUGCUCAGAGUAAAAGGCAGGAGAAACUUGUAGAAAAACACAAGGAGAUCCGUCAGCAAAUACUGGAUGAAAAGCCUAAGAGCAUAGAAGAACAAGAAGUAGAGGAAAAACAGAAGUAGAAAUGGAAUGUGAGACUAUAGUGAAAUUGCAGGUGGAACUUGAUCAGGAAUAUCAAGACAAAUUCAAAAGACUGCCUUUGGAAAUUCUGGAGUUCGUACAGGAAGCCAUGAAAGGGAAAAUCAGUGAAGAUGGAGACCACAGUUCUGCCCCCUCUUCCCUGGCAUCCGACAGUGGAAAAUCCAAUCAUAAACCUCCGCAAAGCGAAGAGGAAUUGGAAGAAGAUAAUCCAGAGAAAGUGUUUGAUACUACUUUUUAACUGCCCCAGAAACAAUUAUGGGUGUGCCAGGGCACACCACUCCCAGCUGCCCGGCUCCGCUCUCCCGGGGGGAGCUGCCGCCGCAGCGCUUCGGGAGGCAGGAGGAACCUGCAUUCGAGUGCACAUUUCCCCAAAGGAACACUUUAUGAAAAGUAUCGUGCAAAGGUCUUCAUUCUCAUUCUUCAUCUGAUUGUUAUUCUGAAGCGUAGUGCAGUUGCAAUGGGAAAAUUAAUAUGUUAACCACCCUCUCCUCUUUAUUUUUCUUUUGGUUUUUUUGGCCCAGUUUACAAUGGGUAAUUUUCUGGCCAUGUUCACUGUUAAGAAUGUUUAAUGAAGACCAAUGUAUUGCACAGAGACAAAUGUGUGCAGAUUUCCUUUUGAAGUGCCAGUGCAAAGUGCUCCAAACUGAUAGAGAUCCCGGAGAAUAUUAUAACAGUACUUAAUCAUAUUUGUUUCCUUCUUUAUAACUGCACCUUGACAGCUGUACCAUCAUUUUACAUUUGCACUGAAACAUUUAAUCCUUUUUAGCUUUGCAAGCACUGGUGGCUUGCUGUCUUGAUAUUGUUGUGUUUAUCACAUGGAGAGACAUGUAUUUGCUGCUGAAAAUCCUUGGACCUGUGGGGAGAAGAGGAAAACAGAGAGAAGAACUCUGCGUGGAGGUUGUCGGUGUCUGUGUACCUCUGUGUUUGUUACACUGUGUGAGUGCAUAUAUGUUUGUAUAUAUAUAUAUAUAUAUAUAGCUAUAUGUGCACACACAUCUGUCUAUAUACACACACACAGCAUGUUUCUAUUUGAAGUUGGUGUGGUCUCCUGGCCAAAUGAAAUGUUUCAGGGAUGCGUGAGUAGAGCGAAUCUUUCUGAAAGCUGACAUCUGGGUUAUACUGCUAUAGAAUAAUCAUUGGAUCAUAGAAUUCUUUUUGUGGUGUUAGUGUUGUAAAUCAAAGUAGUUUUAGAAUAUAAAUUUGAUAUAUAUUUUGCAGACUCAGAAGUAUUGAUUUUAAGUAUCAUAUUUUAAGCUUACUGAAUUUGAUAGGAUUAUGAAAUGUUUAGGACUACAGUAUUUGAAAUCUUAACAGAAUCUUCCAUUAUUUUUAAGACUGAGGUUCAGUUUUACUGAGGUCUGAAAUUUAAAAGCAAAAUAUAAAAAACCUGAUCACUGUUAUUUAAAAAUGUAUAUUAAUCCAUUGAACUGACUUGUUAAAAUAAGAACAAUCAAGGUGAGUGUACUGUAUGAUAAUGCGUGAGAGAAGUAACAGCACAUUCUGAGAAACUUAUACCAGGCAACAGAGAGACAUUGUGAAAGUCAGGAUAUUUGAAAAGGUAAGGAAAUGCUGUUCUCUGGAUUCCCAUACUGACAGGAACAGGAAUUACGAGACGUGUCAGACAGAUUAUUUGUACCCAAGCCAAUGCAGUCCUUCCCCUCGGCCUUAGGGCAAAGGAGAAACCAGCUCAGAAGACACAGAUUUGCCUCAAGACGCUUGAUCCUGCAAACUCAUGUUUUCCUGGGCACCCCUGGGCUCAGGAAUUGUUUGGGGAGGAACGUUCACACUCACGUUUGCAAGAUCGGGGCCUUACUUGGUAUUGAAAAGCAAUCGGAGAAAGCAAUCGAUUACAGGGGGAGGCAUUUUAACACAGUGUAACAGUUAAGUUACCUUACUUCCAAUUCCCUCAGGAUUUUAGUACUUAAACUAACUUAUUUUAUUUAAAUUUAAGCAAUAAAAUACAAAUCGAGCUUAAGUUUUCAGUUAAAUAAUGGUGUAUAUAUAUAUAAGUUCAAAUCUUGGAAAACAAACAGUAUUUUGGUGUUUCUUUUUUAAACUCAAGAGCAGAAAGAAAGAAAAAUUGCACAUUGUUUGGAGAUCGUAUUUUGAAUUAAACUGCUCUGGUUUAUGAUGAUGAAAUCAGUGCACAUGAAAUUCAAAAAUCUGACUUUCAUCUUAAAGCUAGGAAAGGUGAAUCCUCUGUUAAUCCUUGUUUUGCACUUUGAAAUCAAUCUUAAUCACUCAUUGAAAACGUAGAGAGUCGAGAUGUAAUGCUGCAUUUUAUAAAGUACAAAUGACAUAUUGCCUAAAUUAUUAAAAGAGUAAACUGAUAGCAGUGUUCACACUAAAACUGAAGGUUAUUGCAUUAUAGAAACAGUUGUACAGAACAGGCUCCGUGGUAAAAUCUUGGCUCCUUUGAAUCCCAGCGCUACGUUCCCUUGGACUUCAGCGGAGCCAGGACCUCACCGCAGCCUUCAAAGAAACUCGGGCAAACGCCAGUUAACCUUUUCUUUAUAUUUAAAAAUAAAAUAAAUAUGGAUUGAGUAACCUCUCAGCUGUAGUCAUUUUACAGUACGUUUGUAUUUGACCAUUUCCUGUACUCACAUUUUUUAUAUCUGUACAGUGCCACUUUCUGCAGGUGUAGGGUAGUGUGUAAUCCUGUACAUCUUGCAUUGUUCAAACUAUUUCAGUGAAACAGAUAUCAUUUAAUAUUGAUAUUACUUGAACUAGAGUAAGAUAAUGAAAAAAAAAAAAGGGUCUUUAUGAUGUGCAAGUCUUGUGCCUUUUAUGUAUUUGCCUUGUUCCGUGUUGAAUGUGUGGAAAUGCUGUAUUGUGGACUUUUCUGCUGUAUAGAAUAGAGCUGUCUAUAUUAAACUAGGUCGUGCACUUCAGAUAUCUUUACACUACUGAAAAUAGCUUGGGUUUGGCAGUAUAAACAGGAUUUUAAAAAUUCUUAUGAAGGCCAGACAUUUUAGAUUUAACAUGUUCAUAAUUAUGUUAAUUAAUGCUCAUGUAUUAGCUAAACAUUCACUGAAAGAUAACUAAAGGGACAUCAUUGCUUGCCUUUCUUUGAAAUCAGUGUUGCUCUUGUACAUUGUAUUAAUAGUGUCUGUGAUUGAUUAGUCCUUGAUGAUUUGCUUUCAAACUAGGAUGAAAUAUUCCAGUUAACAUGUACAUAUUUUUUCGGUUCCUCGAUCUAUGAUUGUUUCGGAGGCAUAAUUCACAUUUUUGUAAAAAUUCUAUGCAAUUUUGUGGCAUGAUGUUUCUUCCACUUGUAAUUUUAUGUGCUUACAUUACAGAUCCAAAGGACAAAUAAAAAUUUCUUAACACAA